AUGACUGACGAAAAAAUAAAGGCAUUAACAACUAAGCGCGCCGGUGCCAAACGAUCUCUAGCUUCACGUGCUCAGGUAGAAGGAGUUCGACUUCAAAAUCCGAAACCCGCAUCCGAAAGGUCUAAUAAUAUCAAUAAUAACAACCGAUCUAAUACUCGCUCGCAACAAACAUUUGCAACCACCACUCACGAGCAAUCUUGUGUAUUUUGUGGUGAAAAUACUCAUCUAGUUUAUAAUUGUACUCAAUUCGCAGCGUUAGAUCCUCACACUCGUUAUGAGGCUUCUAGAAAUGGUGGAUGGUGCACUAACUGUCUAAGAAAAGGACAUAGAGCAUCCAAAUGUACCUCUCAGCCAUGCAGAAAUUGUAAGCUGAAACAUCACACUCUUUUACAUUUCGAAAAAGCAAAUAAUUCUUCCAACCAAUCGGUAACAGCUCAAGUCUCUUCUCAUUUUGUCGCAAAUAGUACUAUCUUGCAAGCUCAAACAAGCUCACAUGUUUUACUUGCUACUGCUCUAGUUGACAUGGUGAAUCAUCAAGGCAAUAGCAAAACUAUUCGCGCAAUGCCUUCGAUUACUAUUAAUCAAUCAAGCCUCGACAUACCUAAAAAUAUUAAAUUAGCCGAUCCCGACUUCUUCAAAUCUUCGAAGGUGGAUGCUUUAAUUGGUGUUAAAUUUAGGAUGCAGCGAGUUAUAGCAUGCAUUCUACGUUUUAUUCACAAUGUUAAAAAACCCAGUAGUGAACGUAAAUUUGGUCCACUACUUAGCACAGAAUUAAAUCCUAGAAGACUGGCUAAGAAACUUGACAUCGUUGGGUGGAAGGUGAAAUCCUUCGACCCAAGUGCUCUAGCAGCUGCCUUAAAUAGUGAACCGCUUACUACUGGAUCUGCAGAAGAAAUGACCAAGGACUUGAUGAAGAGAGUGGCCUAG